UAGAUUAACUACAUCUACUUUGCGCGCUUUACCUUAUCAUAUUGUUUUGCGAAACAAGAACAUGACGCUUUUAUCAGCAAAAUUUUAAAGAUUUAGUCGUCAAAAUUUGCAAAUCCAGUCUGACUGUUUUUAAGAAACCGUCGUUGCUGUCUAAAGCCCAGACGAUGAGUUGGUUUUAAGACUACUCUACAUCGGUUUUAACAGGUGAAACGUUCUUAACACUCUUUUAUAACUUGGUUGAAAAUGGUUCGAUAAUCUUGUGAUGUUUACAUCCUAGUGAAUAGAAAGCAGAUCCGCUUGUUUUUUCUUAUUAUUUUUUAGACAGAUGGUACUAAACCUUAUAAAAGCAUAACAAAUGUUGAAUUCAAUCUAACAUCGCGAAGUGCGCCUCUUUUUCUCGGUAUUACUUUUUUUCUAAAUUCUCUUUUUGCUUAAUAUCUAGUUAAAACUUCGAGGAGUCAAAGGUCCUUCGUCCUUCUCCAUUUGUAAUAAGGUGAUCAUUUGUAAUAACCGUCUCCAUUUGUAAUAAGGUGAUCGUGUCCAUCCAUAAAAGCACCAGAAAAUUAAAUCUUCCGGAGAACAUGGUGCGACUUGCUGGCGACGCGCUAAAUUAGUGUUCGUUUACUUUACGAACAUGAAAUAACAGAAAAUGAUUGAUAUGGCUACAUGCUGUGGAUAAUUUUCAGGCUGAGGACUAAGUCACAAUGGUCAAGUACGAGGUUUCUUCUAUUGUGAUUAUCGCUGUGCUCUUAGUCCUCGUCGUUGUAGGCGUCACUGGCAAUACACUUGUCUGUUUGAUUAUCAAGGGGAAUCGUCAAAUGAGGACUCCCAUUAAUUAUCUACUCAUGAACCUGGCUGUCUCCGAUAUUCUGUUUGCGACGUUUAUUACACCAAAACUUAUUGUCAGCUUGACUUUAAGUCACCCAGAGGGAGUAAAAGGUUCCAUCCUAUGCAAGUUGGUGACUGGUGGAAAUUUUGCUUGGAUUCCUGGAGUUUCCUCAGUUGCUACUUUGGUUACGAUUGCCUUCGAACGAUAUUAUACUGUAGUAUAUCCUCUAGAUCCAAAUAGAAAAAUGACUAAAUGUAAACUGAAGGUGAUCCUUCUUUGUUCUUGGAUAUUCUCAGUGAUUUUUAACCUACCUCUCUUUCUUGCCCGUACGUUUAAGAAAGAAGAUGGGAAAAACCACUGUGUACUAAGCUGGCCCGAAAAGUGGAUGUCUACAAGCAGUUGUAUUGCAUGGUUGUUCCUGACUGUUGCAGCUGUUGGUAUAAUGAUUACUCUUUACUCUCAAGUCGUGUACCCUUUAUGGUUUAAACCAAAGAGUUGCCUUCCUCUGAGCUGUAAGCAACAAGGUGUGAUCAGGGUGCGAAAACGUACCACCUUAAUGGUCAUAACAGUCAGUGUCAUUUUUGCAGUAGGUUGGGGAGCAGAGUCAGUUGAAUACGCCUUAAGGACUAUGUCCACUCUGGACAUGAAGUUUAAACACAUUGCCAUUGUCGAUAUAAUGGUAUUGUUCAAUGCAGCUAUCAACCCGUUCGUGUAUGCCCUCCUGAGCCAUCAGUACAGACAAAAGAUCAGGGGAGUGAUUUGCUGCGCACGUGCUGUAGCACCCAGGCCAAGGACUAAUACGACCGUGGAAAGUACGGAAAUAGAGACUAGGUUUUAGUUGAAAUCAUAGUUGACUUCAUCGGUUAGAAAGAGUUAUGAUAAAGAGGACUGCUUUAGAUAUCAUUUGUACAUUAAACAAAUUGAGAGUACUUCUGGUGGUGUUUGUAUACUCAGGAUUACUCGCACUCACAAGAUGACUUGUAAAGUGUCUACAUCGGCUUAGAAGUCAGCCUAUAAAUUGAAAGAGCUCGAUCAAGCACCUUUAAAAAAUUAACGCAAAUUUUUUUCCGAACUUUGUUUCUUUCCGUUUAUUACGAUUAACAGUGGCGUAGCGCAAAUAAUACCAGAAAAUGAAUUUUAACGUGCACAUUCUGUAAUGACACAUCCUCGAUACUGAAUUUGAUUUGCAAAUUUUCAAUCAGAAAAGUUUUAAAAUCCAGAGUACUACCAGUUGCGAUAAUGAGACUGCUAGAAGUCGCUCGUGAGCUACGCUACAUACUCAGUGAACCACGACCAUUGUUGGAUUUUGUUAAAAAGAAACUUUUUUUUAGAUAUAUAUCCAUUUCAACCCGAAACCUGUAAGAUAGGU